GAAUUUCCAGCUUGACAGUACAUAUGACAGUGACAUAUUUAUUAAUUUAUUUAUGUCAUAGGUUAUUUUAUUUUUCGUAGCAGUAAUUUCGCAUUGGCCUGUUUUUCGUAAUCUAAAGUUAUUUAUUCGUUGCGAUAUAAUUAUCACCAUUUAUCUCCAUUAUUUUUCAAGUCAUUAUUCUGAAACCUAGAACCACUUAUGGUUUGUGAAUAAAAGUAAACUUAUUUUACCUAGUUGUGUGAAUAUGCCUGAUAUAAAGAUUACUCCACUCGGAGCUGGUCAGGAUGUUGGCCGAAGUUGUAUAUUACUGUCAAUGGGCGGUAAAAAUAUAAUGUUAGACUGCGGAAUGCAUAUGGGCUACAACGAUGAAAGGCGUUUUCCAGAUUUCACAUAUAUCGUACCAGAGGGCCCAAUCACUAGUCAAAUUGACUGUGUAAUUAUUUCUCAUUUUCAUCUUGAUCAUUGCGGGGCUCUUCCGUAUAUGUCGGAAAUGAUAGGAUAUACUGGUCCUAUUUAUAUGACACAUCCAACUAAAGCUAUAGCUCCAAUAUUAUUGGAGGAUAUGAGAAAGGUUGUAGUUGAAAGAAAAGGCGAGUCAAACUUUUUUACAUCACAAAUGAUUAAAGAUUGCAUUAAAAAGGUGACAGCAGUGACAUUACAUCAGUCUGUGAUGGUUGACAAUGAACUAGAAAUCAAGGCAUAUUAUGCUGGUCAUGUUUUGGGAGCUGCAAUGUUUUGGAUAAGAGUGGGAUCACAGUCUGUAGUGUAUACUGGUGAUUAUAACAUGACACCAGAUAGACAUCUUGGUGCAGCUUGGAUUGACAAGUGUCGACCAGACCUUCUGAUUACAGAAUCUACUUAUGCAACAACAAUAAGAGACUCUAAACGUUGUCGUGAACGAGAUUUCCUAAAAAAAGUUCAUGAGUGUGUUGAAAAAGGAGGUAAAGUACUAAUCCCCGUGUUCGCAUUGGGCAGAGCUCAAGAGCUUUGUAUAUUACUUGAAACAUAUUGGGAAAGAAUGAAUUUAAAAUACCCAGUGUAUUUUGCAUUAGGCUUGACUGAAAAAGCCAAUAACUACUAUAAAAUGUUUAUUACUUGGACAAAUCAGAAAAUAAGAAAAACAUUUGUACAGAGAAACAUGUUUGAUUUUAAACACAUUAAGCCCUUUGACAAACAAUACAUUGACAAUCCAGGUGCAAUGGUUGUAUUUGCAACUCCAGGCAUGUUACAUGCCGGAUUGUCCUUGAACAUAUUCAAGAAAUGGGCACCUUAUGAACAGAAUAUGGUUAUAAUGCCAGGCUUCUGUGUUCAAGGCACUGUUGGGCACAAAAUCCUAAAUGGUGCAAAGAAAGUGGAAUUUGAAAAUCGUCAGGUGGUUGAAGUGAAAAUGGCAGUAGAAUAUAUGUCAUUUUCUGCUCAUGCUGAUGCUAAGGGCAUUAUGCAAUUAAUACAAUAUUGUGAACCUAAAAAUGUAUUACUUGUUCAUGGUGAAGCUCAAAAAAUGGAGUUCCUCAAGGAUAAAAUUGAGAAAGAGUUUAAAAUAAACUGUUAUAUGCCUGCAAAUGGUGAGACAACCAUCAUAAAUACCCCAACUAAAGUCCCUGUUGAUGUUUCACUGAGACUACUUAAAGCUGAAGCUGUUAGGUAUAAUGCUCUCCCACCUGAUCCAAAGAGACGUAGGGUUGUCAGUGGAAUUCUCUGUGUGAAAGAUAACCGGCUGUCCUUAUUAGAUAUUGAUGAAGUUUGUGAUGAAAUUGGAAUCAACAGGCAUGUAAUACGAUUCACUAGUACAGUUCGUUUUGAUGACACAGGAUCUGCAGUGAAAACUGCUGAAAAGUUAAAAGCGUUACUGGCAGAAAAAUUAGAAGGUUGGACAAUAACAAUUUCUGAAGCAAAUAUUUCAGUAGAGUCGGUAUUGAUUAAGGUUGAAGGUGAAGAUAAUACUAAAAGCAUCUAUGUCUCAUGGACAAAUCAAGAUGAGGACUUGGGCAGUUAUAUUCUGGGUUUGCUACAAUCUGUGGUACAAGGUUCUUAAUAUCUAAGUGUAUUGUUAAAAGAAAAUCCAUUAGUUGUUAUUUUUGUAAUAAAUAAGUUUGUAUUUAC